AUGCCCGAAGUCCUCGUUGCCAAAGCACUGACUGGUCGCAGUCAAGAGGCCAGCAUCGCGCUGCAGCAGCAGCUCAAGUCUGGGCAAGUUGACCUGCAGCAGAGCAUCCUUCGAGCGCUUGAGCCGCACCUGUUGCAACUCUGUGAGGACAAGCACGGCAAUUUCCUCAUUCAGCGCGCUAUCGCCGUCAACGCGAGCAUUGCCUGGAAGCUCAAAGGCAACUUCGCCCACCUCACCACCUCGCAGUACGGUUGUCACGUGGUGCAACGCAUCCUGGACACGAGCGAAGACCUACAGCGCCAAAUCGUCGAUGAGCUUCUCAGCAACGAUAUGUUCUCGAACUUCACCAGCCGCAACUGCGUGCAUGUCUGGGCCAAGAUCCUCGAGAUCAAGUGGAGCGACGCCGCCUUUGGCCACCGUGUCUUCGAAUCAAUCAAUGGAAGCAUGCGUGGUCGUUGGCACCAGCUCGCUACGCAGGAGACGGGAAGUAUCAUCGUCCAAAACCUCUUCGAGAGUGCUCGAGAGGAGGACAAGGCAGAGUGCAUUCAAGAGGUGCUGGAUCGUCUCCCCGACUGUGCUGCGAACCAAUGGGGAGUAUGGGUCGUGCAACAUCUGAUCGAGCACGGCAGUGCCGAGAACCGCCAAAAGGCCUAUGAUCGGUUCGUGGAAGAGGCGCCUCGUCUCUCCCUCUCACAAUACGGUCACAAGGCGAUCAUGACCGCGCUCAAGUGCAAGGACUCGCACUUCCUCAAGGGCUACAUCAACAAGCUCGUCGAGGGACAAGAGGAAGGCGGCAUAGCACAGCAGCAGCGCUCGAGUAACGGCCAUGUCCCUUCCCACUCGAUGGGCGAGAAGAAUCGCCGCUCCAUGCUCGUCGAGGUUGCCUCUGUCCCGCAGGGUCUACAGAUCGUCACGCAGCUCCUCACUACGGUUGGGCGGGAGGAGCGGGAGCGCAUCAUCAAGGCCGUGCGCAAGAACUCGGUUUUCCUCAAGGGCAACAAGACGGGCUUGAAGGUUCAUCAGAUGUGCGAGAGGGCAAGGGCGUAUAGCGGGUACUGA